AUGCCGGAAUCUACUCUACCUGAAUUUAAUCGACCCGAGAGCAAUUUGCAGCCAAAUGCGCCGCCUUCCCCGCCCGGCCUCCCCGCCGCCCGAAGCACCAUCUUUCUAUUAUACGAAGAAUGUCAUAUUCUAGAUAAAAAAGCCUCUACGGAUCCUAAAAGUGUUCAUCCUUCAUCUCGUUUAGCUUUUCUGGAGUGCGAGUUUGAGGAGUUUUUAAAAGAGAUUCUCGAUCUUGAUCAGAUUUUUGGAAUUAUAAACUUUUAUAUUCAUAGUCACUUGAGGCGUAUCCAUACCACCAUCGCUCAACCUUCACGAUCCCUGCAAUGUGUUAUCUAUGGUGCAACAACAGAAGUGUCAACAAAAACCACUUUUCUUCUCCGCUUUGUCACACCAACAGAUAUUAAGAUGUCUAUAGUCGUUUACAAGAGAGAAUCCUGCGUCGACAUAAUACCCGAAGACGAUUAUUAUACGCAGACAGAGCCAAAAUACACGGUGGACAGACCAUUCGGUUUUUUCGACCUGCCUUCCCCAGUAUGCACGGAGGUCAUAUCACGCCUAAGCCUGCGGGACACGAGGGCGAUGGCUCUCACCUGUCGGGCUGGCUGGGAAAUCACCCGAGACCAGUUGAUGUGGAGGAACAAGUUAUGGAUCCGAGCCAAGGUAGUAAACUUAGGUCUAAUUGGGCCCAAUAUUUCACCCUGCCCAAAUGCAGACAUGUUAGUACGUGACCCCCUGCUGGUGAACAAUAGGUUGCUCUACGAGAUUCUCGAUCCAGACUCUGACAUCAAUGAGAAUCACGAAGACCUGGACAUUGGAAAUUUGCUCUCCAAAAUGGCAACACCAACGCCAACCACAAGCUUUAAUGAGUUGAUAGAAAGCUUCUUUAGUAUGUUUAUUACUUCCCAGCCACAUUCUCCAUCAGAUCCAUUCUCAAAGGGUGAAGGAGCACCGACAUUCCUCCUCUUUGGGACCCCAGAGACAAGGGUGUCGAAAAAGCUGGCUUUGAGCUUCAUUGCUUCAAAAGACUCGACUUUUGACACUGUAGGAUUAGUGAAGGGGAAACCAGGAGGUGUCGGUGGAGGUGUGACAGUGAAGUACGCACACCAUUUAAUGAACCUGUUGACUGUACGGAGAGCUCGCCCAAGGCUGCUUGUGGAGGGACCUAAAGGAACGACUUUCCAUCCUGACGUGGCUGAGGUUGUGACACGUGUUGAUGGCUUGAUUUGCUACAUGGAUGCCUCCUGCAACUGUGAAUCAGGUGAUGGAGCCUCAAAUUGUAGUAGUCAGAAUGGCUGCAGGGAUGGCAUCCACAGCAUCGAUGUCUUGGAACUGGAGGCAAUGAUGCGAACCAUUCCCCCCGACCUUGCCCCACCUGUCCUUGUCCUUCUAGCACACAUGGAUGACCCAGCCACCCUGGUGUGCGACAUGGAUUCAUGUGACGUGCCGCAGCACCGCCUAGCGGGUACGACCAAAGAUGCAGGUUCCUACCAUGAACCUGCCCCGCAGAAGCGUCACCGUCCCGCCAUGUUGUACCCCGUCCUCAGCAAGCUGGAUCUACCAUGGGCGGUCUGUGAAGUGGAGGUGAAGUCCCUGUCUGGAGUGCACCGAGGCCUCAACUGGCUCCUCAAACGUACGCUCAAGCUGAAAAACGGCUGAAGAGGAGGAGCGCCUGUCUCUCUCGCUCUUUAAAUCUAUAUCUAUUUUAAGUGAUUAUUGUGAUAAUUUUACCAAUGUUUUCUAUGAGGAGUGUUCAGUGUCAGUGUGGUCCAUAUUUUAUAUGAAUGGUUUUAUUUUUUUGUGAUGUGAAAACUUGUGUACGGCAAUAUUCUUGAUAUCUGUGAAUGACGAUGUCUGGUCAUGUGAAUGUGCAGCUAAUAUAUUUUUUUGUUUUCUUACUCUAUUAUAGAAUUCCGACUACAUUGUUUUUAUAGGAUGAAACCAUGAUUUUAAACUUUCUUCCGACAUUGGCAUAUGAAAAUCCUGUGACAGACCUGAACUUUAUGAUUAACGUGAUACUGCAUUAUUCUUUCCUUUUAUGUAAUGGUAGUACAUUUAGAAUUAUAUAUAGUCAGCAAUUUAUAGAAGUGAUACUUGGGCAUGAGAUUUCAGACUUACUUUUUUUUUUUUGUGAAGAAAAAUCACAGAUGAUGAUGGGUGAUGGCUGAUUAUGUUAUGAGUUUAUGUCCUGAUUACUGGGAUGAGGCCUUGUGUGUGCUACCAUGUGUUGGACUGUUGCCCAGCUAUAGAGUUGCACACAGUGAUCAAUGUCCACCUUUGGCUGACUUUACUUGAUUGUUUUCCUGCUGUUAUUGGGAAGGUGAAAGUAUUGGAUUUUUUUUUUUUUUUUUUUUUUUCCCCAUAUAUGAAUUCAGACAUAUACAAACUGAACUUCACAUAUAGACAUUAUGAAAAAAAUGUAUCACUUCUUAAUGUGAAUGAACUUUGAAAAUAGAUUCUAGGUUGCAGUUUGUAUCAUCAUCAUCACUUAAAAACCCUUUAGGAAACCUGCAAGAUGAUAGGUGCACUGAAGCUUCAUGUUUUGUGCAUAUUUUCUAGAAGGCCAGUUUUUAUGUUUGCAAGCCUCAGCUGAUGUUAAGAAGCAUAUCCACUCAAACAUGGGAAGCCAUGUGAAGACCACAGUCCCAGAUGAGUACUUUUGUACUUUCAGACCUAUUGCAAGUAUGCCUCUGUCUAAUAUCAUGUCAUCUUGUGUAAGUGCAGUGUAUCCAUGACAGAUAGAAUGUAUUGUAUUUACUUUUAGGAGUAAUUUUUAUCAUUUAUAUUUAUUAUUUCAAGACAGUUGAUGUUCUGGAUAUCAGAAUAUGUGAAAGAAAAGAUUCUAUAUGCUAUUUGAACUGCACAUCUGUGUGUUGUGUUACAUGCUGGUAAUGUAAAAGCUGCCAGAUCUUCAGUUAUGUUGCAUGUUUAAGGAGCCUUUUAGAUGCAAAGACUGCUAAGAAGAUACACUUGUUUGGAAACACAGGAGAAAUAUCUUAUUUAAGCUGUCUAUUCCAAGAACCAUUGGAAAAUAAAUUGUCUGUAAUGCAAAGAAUUAAGUAGGUAACAAAUGGAUGAAUUGAGUGAUAUGAUAAAUAAAUAUUCUGCUUGAAAUAAUUCUACCAAAACCAAAUAUCUGGGACUUAUUUGUUUCUAGGAUUAUGGCCAUAUUUUUAUAUAAUUCUAAAACUCUUGGCAGGAAGUGUUCCAAGGAUUUUCAUACCAAAGGUUAGAAAAAUUAGAUGUUAUAGUAUGUUGGAAUAGCACUGGAAUGUUCUUUAGCCUUUUUUAUAGCUUGGAAAUAAGGUUGUCUCUGUGAUUUUUCCUUUUCAAGGGUUAAAGACUAAAUGCCCUUGCUAAAGGCUAGUAAGGCAGAGAGUGAGCGGGCAGGCUACCCGCUACUCAAGGCAUAUGGUGUAUUGUUUGUGCACGUCUUCUGCUUAUGCGUGUUUGUAGGAGUGUGUGUUUGUAUGCGUUUGCACAUAAAGUAACCAGAUAUUUUUUUUUUCUAAGAAGGUGUAAGGACAAAGGCUGAAAAAGGAAACAGAAUUUACAGUCAGUUGGAAUUAUGUUCUGUUGAAUAUUAGAUUAUUAUUCAAACGUAUGAAUAAGACCUUUUCCUUUCAUUAGUCAGUAACAGCAGCAAGCAGCCCCACAAUGGAUUGUUCAGUGCCAGAAACCAACCCUUUUUCCUCUCUCUCUCUUUCUCCUCUCUCUCCUGUUUUCUUUUCCUUAAUUUUUGUUGCCUCUGUCUUUCCUUUCUUUUGUCCUUCACCCCACUCUCACCUCACUCCCUUCUCCCAAAUGCCAGGAAACCUUAAAAUGAUGGCAUUGACUAAGUUCAAAGGGGUGCUGCAUGCUCCAAGAAAAAUUUGCAUAUGAAACAAUGUUUUAAUUGUUGUGAAAUACAUUUUUUGUCCCAAACCUAGCCAUUUUAUGAUGGCAGUCUUCAGCUGCAACUACUUACUUUAAUAUAUAAAAAAAAGUUUGAUUUAUUGUUGAUAAAUACACAAGAUUGUUGUGUAAUGUGUUUUAGGAGACCUAAGGAAUGUCCCCCCCCUCCUUCCUGUUUCUUACUAGUUCGACUUCAUUGUGACUUGCCAAUGGUAAGUUGCAGAGUCUUAUAUAUUGUAGAUGUCUGUGUAUUUGUACAUAUACGUGUGUACAUAUAUAUUUUUCUAAUUAUCAUCAACAAACUUGUGAUUAUCUUUGUGUAUGCAUUAAAAAAAGGUGAAUUGUCCUUUUUUUUUAUGAUAUUUUUUAUUUAUUGAUUGAUUUUGUAACAUUUGCUUUUUGUUGUUGUUCUCUUUCAAAUUAUAUUUUACUGAUUGUAACUAAGUUUUCUGGCACUUACAGUUUAUUAGUGACCAAAAAAUAAAGUAACAUAAAAUUCAUAUUGAUAAGAAAAUUAUCAAAUAGAUAUGAAACCUGCACGUCCCUCCAUCACCAUGAGGCUUCAAGAAAUUGUUUACAUGUAAAUAAAAAUGAUGAAAUAAAUAUGAAGCCUACACACUAUAUCAUUGUAAUAUGUUUUUUAACAAGUAAGUCACAUUAAUAUCAGUGAGUAAAAAAAGACACCCAUCAUUAUGCUGCUUAAUCUGUGUAUCAUGCAGUAUUAUGGUGAUUUAAUGCAUUUAAAGGUCAUAUUGCUAGUCUAGUCUUCACAGUGGUGGAUGUGUACCUCUGUGCAUACCUGUUUAGCUACAGAUAAUUCUAUAUUGUUGCCUUAAGAAGUUCCUUUAUCAUUUGUGUUGUAUCCUGUCAAGACAUUGCUCUGUCACUGUAGUAAUGUUCCAGUCUAUGAAUAAAUUGGCAUUUUUACUACAGUGGCAGAUAUGAAUGUGGGCUGUAUGCCAUGUGUAAUAAUGAUGGGCAACAAUAUAUACAUGUGGAAGGGGUGAAAGCAUUAUCAGAAUACAGGGGAUUCAGGAAAUUUUGAGGAAACCGUACUAAGAUUCUUAUUUGAUAUUGGUACUUACUGGACAGCAGAGUGAAGUAAUAUGAAAAAAGAAUUAUGGAAAUGCAGCAGAGUAUAAAAAAAAUCUAUGUUUAACUAAAAAAUUUUAAUAUCAUAUAUAUAUAUAAAAUUUACAGGUUUGAU